AUGACAGGUGAUUCCUCACCAAUUCCUGGUAACUCAAGCGAUGAACACAUGACUAUUGGAAUCUUCAAACAACCAUUGGCAAACAUCAGGCACCGAAGAGCGGCCAACAAGCGUUUGGAUAAACACGAUCAAAUGCUGAACCACCUUACUCACUCAUUUCACAUCGGGUCGAUGGUAAUCCUCUCCUUCCUUCUUCUGGAGACUCUCCUGAAAGUAAUUGCGAUGGGGAAGAAAAUGCUUCAUCACAAGCUGGAGGUGUUUGAUGCCUUCAUCGUGUCUUCCUCGUGGGUUCUUGACGUCUACUUCUGGCAAGGCAUCUGGGAUCAACCACGAGAAGAAGCUGCCACCUUAUUGAUAUAUAUACUUCCCUGGCGUGUGGUCAGGAUUGUAAAUAGUUUCGUGCUGGUCAUCCAGGAGAAGGACCACGUGCAGUUAAAAAUCAUAAAGCAGAGACUGCGGCUGUCCGCUAAACGGAGUAAGGAGACAACUCUCAAAGCCACAUCAUACAAGACUGAGGUGAAGCAGCUGCAAGGUCUGUGCCGGAAGUACGGGGCUACAGAAAACGAGAUCAACGCAUGCGGGCUAACAGGUCGUAACGGCAGACGCAGGAGCAGCCUGGUGCCAGCCAUGGAGAAAGCCGCCGCCUUGACCCUCAUCAGUGCAUUAGGUUCGCACCCUUCGCUGUACACCAUGGACUCCAGCUCCGACGAUGACCGGACUUCGCUUGACCUCACCAUCAGCAACGACCUCACCUUGCGGUCAACAUACUCAUCUACAACCCUGGACUCAGCAGACGCGAUCUACAUUAUCGACAGGAAGCGGAACAGCGAAGGUUACAUCACCAGUGACAACGAAAGCACAGCAGACGGGCUGGACGAUCCUGUCUUCGAGAGCGAGGACAUGUCAACCCUGAGGCUGGAAUGUCAACGUCUUCAAAACAAGGAUCACGUGGUCUGGCAAUGUGAGACACCUCAGGAGGUGCCAGUUGAGACUGACAGUGGUAGGGAGACCAACAGUGGCUUGGGCAGCAGUCUGAGUUCAAGCUGACGCAAGUAGUCAAGAGGUUUCUCCUGUUUACCAUGAAGUCAUGGCCCAGCAGAAUAGCGUCACUCCACUCUAAAGCUAGUCCCAGACUCUCAGUGACAGUACUGUGAUCCACCAGAAUAAAGGAGAAAACAAAGAAUUUCGUUGGAUUAUCAAAACAUCAUGUGCUGACGUUACAUAAAUCUGCCAUCAGGACUCAUCAGUGAGCGGUGGUUAAUCUACGUCCUGCUAAAACGGACUAAUUCCUAAUGGCGGCUCUACAGUGACAGUAGUAUUGACAGCAGAUCACAGCAAGUGUAAUAUCUUGUCAUCAUGACAGCAAAUCCGGAGCCUGACCUUAACAAUUUCCCGCCCAUUGGAAUAUAUUCCACUGCUGACAAGAGCACAAUGUUUUAUGCUGGAUUCGCUUAUUAAUAUAUUUGUUCAAUAUACUCUUAAAUGACGUCACAAUAUUUACCUAUUUGAGUCGUACAAAAAGCUAAAAUAACCUAUCCCAGCCAUACGACACUGAUUGCCUUGUUUCGUAAAAUACUUGAUUAAAGCGUGGAGUUUUAAAUAUAAGACUUUAAAUGAGUGAACAUAAACAUGGGAGGGGGGAGAGUUAUAAGGAUGAUUUCCACAAAAGAAAUUCUUAGUGACAACCUUUAUUACACAUAAACAUAAUUUGAAUUGUGUAAUUUAUAUUUAUUGUUUAGUAACUGCACGAUACAUUACAGCACUUGCAGAAGGCUGCUAUAGACUACUCAAUUAAAGGACUUCCACUACCAGAUCUCUUGGUCUUGCUUUCUGUGUUCAUGAGGUGAUUGAGAUUCUAAUUUAUUGAUUUUCCUGUUCAAACCUAUUUACAAUUAUCUUUUGACCAAGCUCUAACUCGUUGUGAGGCAGAGAUGCCUUUAAUUAGUCUUAUUGCAUUAUUUCAUCAAGCGUUUCUAGCCGGUAACCACUUCCCGUUCUUAUAGCUAGCUGACUGCCAUUUUGAUUGUUACGUGUGCAACAUUAGUAAAAUUAUAUCGUACUUUAAUAAAUGAGGCGCGUGAACAUCACUUGAUUUUGUUCUGAACGCUUCAUCUAAAGCUUUUUGCUUGACUCUCGUCGUUUCUUCCCUUGCCACUGACAUCACUCUUGACGACAUUGUGACGUAAGAAACUGAGUGUUACAAUGCACGCGCGCCGCCAUACUGCUUUUGUCAGGGAAUGACUCGCUAGCUGUUACCAGUGUUUUGCAGUUUGAUACUUACAAACAUGAUAGUUCAAAAAGACUGUUUUCUAUGUUACCUGCUUUUCCAGACCAGGAUCUAAUACGGGUUUGGAAACUGUUAGCAUACUUCACUUCUUGAGUGCGAACUGAGGAGAGAAGAUGGACCUUACUGGAUAAAAAAAAAGAA